AUGUCUGACCAGACCAACCAGCAGCAGACCCCCUCCACUCUCCAGUCCUACGUGAACUCGGCAUCCGGUGCCGUUCAGAGCGCUAUUGGCAGUUUGACUGGCAACACCGGCGAUCAGGCUCAGGGCCAGGUCACUCAAGAUCAGGCCAAGGCUGAGCACGAGCAGUCCAAGGCUGGCGUCAAGGCUGCCGGCGUCAGCGUCUCGAGCGACGGCGGCGUUGCCAAGGAUAGCGCCGACCGCACCGAUGGUUCUUGGAACCAAACUAUCGGCUCCGCCAAGGAAGCCGUUGGUGGUCUUCUCGGCCACGAGGGUCUGAAGAAGGCCGGCCGCGAACAGAACCUCGAGGGACAACAGCAGGAGGCCAAGGGCCAGGUCAGCGAUCUGGCUGGCGGCGUUUCUGACCGUGCCAAAGGCGUUGUCGGUGGUGCCGUUGCCAGCGCUAUGGGCGACAACGAGGGCAAGGCUCACUACGACCAGGUGCGUGCCGACGGCAAGGCCGCCCAGCGUGGUGUCGAGGCCGAUCUCGAAAAGAAGGCCGAGGCCGAGCAAGCUCAGAAGGACAAGCAGUAG